ACUGCUGUCUUGCAACUUUAUUUUGGAACACCACCAGGAUUACCUUCUCAUGUACAGAAGCUCCUGAGAUGGAAUUGGAAAAUCCUUUCAAAUCRACAGUAUCAGACUUAAUUAAGUACGAUUUUUUAGACCCUCCUUCAUGGAGGAAUCAGGAAGAAGGCAUUCCGUCGGCUCAAGAAAUGAUUGAUCAAAUCAUCGACUUCAAAACGAGUUGGAGUGCUUUGAUAAAUGAAGCACAAGCAGAUCGCAUUGAAGACUUCCAAAAAAGGUUUAGGGAGAAGUAUUGUGACAUUAAUACUGAUCCUUUGAAGGAAUCAGAACGGGAGAAGAAGCAAAUUGAAUCAACGAACAUAGGGAAGUUACUCGAGUUUUUUGACAACUUCAUGGAGGAACAAAGGAGGGACGAAAAUCCGCUGGAUAGCAAUUGUGGGCUUAUUGAAAAGUCCAUGGUUCAAGAGGCUCACAAAAUUGCUGUUCACGGUAUGAAGAUAAAGAAAGACAAAACACAACCAGGAGAAUUCAGCACCCGGCCCAGAAAUACAACUUAUAAGGGAGAAGAGUAUAGGUACCCAUGGUACCUAGAUAUUGACGAAAUGACCCAGGCGGUUGAUCUGGUUCUGGAUCGCUUUAACUCCCUUUUCUUUGAUUCCACUCGCAUCAUUGACGAAAGAGAAAAGCUCRAAGGUAUAAUUAAAAGCCUAGCCUGGUUUCUUUUUGAAAUCCUUGACCUGCAUCCAUUUGGGAAUGGAAAUGGUCGACUUUUUAGGUCUUUUUGUUAUUAUGUGUUGUCGUCCUGUGGUCUCACCAUGUUUCCAUGUCCCAUUUACCAUGCUUGUGAGGAAAGGGAAAAUAAUGAUCAUUCUUCCUGCCGUAAACCAUGUAAAGACAACUAUGAACAAGUAUUAGUGGAUGCAAGAAAAUCUAAAACAAGGCAUCCUGAGGAAUUAGCCACAAUGAUCCUCGAGUCCUGCUGGAGGACAUGGGAUGAAUUCAUGAAAGAGAUUUAACUAUGUAUUCCUGAAAAGUUGGCGUUCAGAUGUUGUUGAUGGCCUAUACCCCUCGAGGGGUGUACCAGGCUUAGAAGGAUUCCUAAAAGUGGAACUAUAUACCUCCCACCCCUCAUUAGGAGGCAAAGGAGUCAAAUAUGGUUCAAAUACGGUGGCCCUGAAGUGACAUCAACCAUGUGCUUUUUUCAUUUGACCUUUCGAUCUAUAUUGCCACUUAUGUAGAAAGGUAGGUGGACAGUUAUGUGGACAUUUACAUCGACAGUUAGGUAGAUAGUUAGGUGACAGUUACGUUGACAUUUAGGUGGACAGUUACAUCAUGUUUCAAAAUGAGCUUUAUUUUUUUUACCAAGGGCACUCAGMUUUUUUAGGUUGACAGUUGCCAAUUAGGRUUGCUAUCUGCCAGCAUUCACCAGGUACACAUGGUUUGUACAGCCAUAGUUGAUAGAGGGGAUAUUAACCAUUUUAAACACAGGUAGCCCAACUGUCCACCUUACUGUUUACAUAACUGUUUACAUAACUGUCAAUGUAACUGUUCACCUAAUUGUUGACGUAAUUGUCCACCUAAAUGUUGAUGUAACUGUGUAUGUACUAACUGUUGAUGUAACUUUCGACGUAAUUGUCCACCUAACUGUCCAUCUAACUGUCUCAUAACACUCCACCUAACUGUCUACAUAACUGUCUACCUAACUGCCCACCUGUCUAUGUAACUGUCCACCUAACUUUCUACCUAUACAACCUGUCUACAUAAGUGGAAAUAUAGAAUGAAAGGUCAAAUAAAGAAAGCAGAUGGUUGAUGUCACUUCAGGGCCACCAUAUUAAAAUGCACCAUUAUGAAAGUGCUUUUGAUCCAUAUUUUGAUUAAGUGUAGCAUUGAUUUYGGAAUCAAAAAGGACAUUAAUGUAAUAUACUUGAUCUUCCUAAAUCCUAAAUUUAUUUUCAAUGUUUCAUGUCAUAUUCUAGGCCCCUCAAAGGGACAUAAGGAUAGAAUAUUUGCUUUUAACAAUGUAAUGUUUAAAUUCUUUCUUAAAUUCAUGUACGUAAAGCACCAGAGAGCUUCCUGAAAUGGUGCUAUAAUAGAGUCAGCACUAAUAUGAAUUUGUUUUUAUAAUUAUUAUUAUUAUUAUCAAUAGAAAAUGAUGUAUUUCCUCGUAUAAACUAUUAAACAUGUAUGACAUUUU